AUGUUUUCAUUUUCAUUGCUAACGCCAUCAGAAAAUGAUUUGACGUUCAAGGCAGCAUUGUUAUCCUUUGAUAAUGAAUUCAAAAUAUUAGCUGACCCAGCAUGGGAUGGCAAAGAUCCCAACAGUGUAUUAUUUAUGGAAAAGCAUCUUAUGGAAAUAAAUGCUAUAUUGCUUUCUCAUUCAACUCCUGAUUUCAUUAGUGGUUUUGUAUUAUUAUGUAUAAAGUUUCCAAGUUUAAUGUCCACAAUUCCAAUUUAUUCAACAAUGCCAGUCAAUCAAUUAGGAAGGAUUUCUACGGUGGAAUAUUAUCGUGCUAAUGCAAUACUAGGUCCUUUAUCCCUGUCCAUUCUCGAAAUUGAUGAAGUGGAUAAUUGGUUCGAUAAAGUGACGUUAUUGAAAUAUCAACAGUCAACAAAUUUGAUGGAUAAUAAAGUUAUAAUAACUCCUUAUAACGCCGGGCAUUCAUUAGGAGGUGCAUUUUGGUUAAUUACAAAGAGAAUAGAUAAAGUUAUAUAUGCUCCCGCCUGGAAUCAUUCCAAAGAUUCAUUCUUAAAUAGUGCAUCAUUUAUAUCUUCAUCCACGGGGAAUCCUAUACUUCUGUUGUUGCGUCCAACUGCUUUCAUCACCGCAACUGAUUUAGGAUCUACAAUGUCGCAUAAGAAGAGAACCGAGAAAUUCUUACAACUAGUUGAUGCUACGCUAGCAAAUGGGGGAGCUGUGUUAAUGCCCACUUCUCUCUCGGGUAGGUUUUUAGAAUUGUUUCAUUUAAUUGACGAACAUUUACAAGGUGCACCUAUACCUGUAUACUUCCUUUCUUACUCUGGUACAAAAGUAUUGAGUUAUGCUUCUAAUUUACUUGACUGGAUGAGUAGUAGUUUUAUUAAACAAUGGGAAGAAUCUUCUGGAGAUGGUGGUCAGUCUCAAAAGAUCCCGUUUAACCCGUCAAAAGUUGACCUUUUAUUAGACCCAAAUGAAUUGCUUCAAUUGAGUGGACCUAAAAUUGUAUUUUGUGCUGGUAUCGAUAUUAGGAAUGGGGAUAUAUCUGGAGAUGCCUUUCAAUAUUUAUGUAACAAUGAAAAUACUACAAUAAUUCUAACAGAAAAAUCUACAUUUACAAGUACUAAUGACGGUUUGAACUCUAUGCUUUAUAAUGAAUGGUAUAAAUUGACGAAGAAAAAGUUAGGUGGGAAAGUUGAAGAUGGAACAGCAGUACCAUUACAAAAAAUAGUUUCUAUAGAAAAUUGGAAUCGAGAAGAAGAUCUUGAAGGAUCUGAAUUAACGGAUUUCCAAGAGAAGAUAACAAAGCAAAGAAAAGAUAAAUUGCUUGCCAAAGUUCGAGAUAAAAAGAAUCAGAACCUUUUAAAUGCCGAUACUAUUGAUGCUGAGGACUCCUCAGAUGAAGAAGAAGGCGAAUCAUCAGAUGAAGAAGAGAAGGAAACGAAAGCUGCCGUUGACGCUAUCGUGCAAUCAUCGAAUAUUAUGACUGAUAAUCAGAGUGUGGUGGAUGAACUUGCUGCCCAUGAGGCAUUUGUUAUGGAUCAUGUGAAACAAAGCAUUGAAAACAAUUUACCAAUCGAUCUCAGAAUCACGCAUAAGUUAAGACCUAGGCAUGCGAUGUUUCCAUAUUUUAUUACUGCACAUAGAGAGAAAUUCGAUGAUUACGGUCAAAUUAUAGAUGUCAAGGACUUCCAAAAGUCUGAUGAAGCAUCGAAUGCAAAGAUUAUUAUGGAAGGUAAAAAGAAAUUUGAUGAAAAGCGAAAAUGGAAUGAAGAAAAGGCGAAGGGGAAGAAUCAACCUAAAAAGGUUCAAAAGAAACAGCAAAAUAAAAUGACUCCGCAAGAACAAGUGAAUCAACAAUUACUUCAGAAAAAUCUAGAUACCUUGUUCAGACCAAGAAAGAGAGUUCCUCUCACCGCUGCAUCCGCCUAUGCGUCCCAAGGGGAAAAGAUUCAAGUUAGGUGUGGGUUAUCAUUUGUGGAUCUUUCUGGAUUGGUGGAUUUAAGAUCAUUGGGGAUUAUUGUUCAAGCACUUAAGCCGUAUAAUUUGUUAUUACUUCCUGACUAUACAUGUGGUAAAGAUUCUGAAGUAAGUGGAUUAACUGAGGUUCAAGAAUACUUUUCGCAGCAGCAAUCUGAACAAGCACAAGAGCAGAGCAAGAAGAAUUUGUUUCAAUCUUCUAGGUUUCUAUCGAUAUCUUCAAUCAGAAGUGGGCUCUCGGGUUCCUUAUCCUAUAGUAAUUCUAAGAUGAAUGUGUUGGAAAUCACUCCCGAUAAGCCCAUUAGGAUAGGUACGGAGACGGAAUCGGGAGGUAUAGGUUUGAACAAUUUUGAGAUUAAUUUGGACGAUUCAAUUCUCAAAGACUUGGAAUGGCAAACUAUUGAUGGAAGUUAUCGUGUUGCCAAGUUAUAUGGAGAGUUGGAAGUACAGAAUCAACUUCCAGUAGAAAAGAAAGCAAAGACCGUAAAUGAUUAUGUGAAUCCACAAACUUUAUUCCGGUUAAAGAAAGUAGACAAAGCAAAUGUUGCAAAAAGAAGACAUCUAAUCAACCAACGUUUAAGGGAUCCAAAAUUGAAAUCUCUUGUAUCGAAUGCUCCAAAAUUGGCAAUUGGUAAUAUCAGAUUACCUGACCUAAGGAAGAAGCUUCAAAGUAAGAAUCUAAAUGCUGAAUUCAAAAGUGAAGGGACUUUAGUCGUGAAUGAUCAAUUGGCCAUUAGAAAAGUUGCUUACGGUGCCAUUGAAAGUGAUGAUUCAGGUGAUAUUAUUAUAGAUGGUAAUGUUGGGCCCUUGUAUUAUGAAGUUAAAUCCUGCAUUAGAGAAAUGUUGGCUUACGUAUAA